GAGUUCCAAACCAAACAAACACCGACCAAAAAAAUCAUACGGUUAAAUUCCGACAUAGUCCGUGUCUUUCAUUUCACAAUACAACCAUAGUUUCAACAAAUUUAUACUUAGUCCAAAUCUUGUACCAUUACCUUCCGCUAAACGCCACGUCAUCAUUAUUAAAUUAAAAUUUCCACCCAAAAACUUAUUGAUAUUCUCUUUUCACCCCAAAAUGGAUCCUUCUACAGUCUCUAUCCGUCCUCUUCCGUUUUUCAUCCUUAUCGAUAUAUAGGUAGAUAUAGAGAGAGAGAAAAAGAGAGACUAGAGAGAGAAAGUUUCCGUUUUCCGAUCGAAUUGCUAUAUGUUUCUGUAGCAACCGAAACAAUGGAAACCACGCUUUAGAAAAAUCAAGAACUAAAAUCUCAGAUUUGAUUCAUUUCUAUCUCAAAAAAUUUCCAUGGAAAUGACAGAGCUUCCUCCUUGUCAUGAUCAACCUUCAUCCUCCUACAAUUCUAACACCAGCGGUAGAAAUGUCUUUAGUUUGCUAGCUCAAAGAGAGGUUUCACCUAGAACCAAACAUGUACGAAAAUGGUACUGGGGAGAAUCUUCUAAAUCAAAAUCUGGUUGCUCCCGUCCUAAAACAGUGAUAGAUGCAAAGUGUGGUCUCCACUCAUGGGCUGAGGCUGAGUCAUUGCGGCAUUUGUCAGCCAAGUAUUGCCCUUUAGUGCCUCCCCCACGGUCUACUAUUGCAGCAGCAUUUAGUACAGACGGGAAAGUGCUUGCCUCCACACAUGGUGACCAUACUGUAAAGAUCAUUGAUUGUGAAACUGGAAAUUGCUUGAAGGUAUUAGCUGGCCACAGAAGGACGCCUUGGGUGGUUAGGUUCCACCCAUUGCAACGACAGAUACUGGCUAGUGGGAGCUUGGACCAAGAAGUUCGUUUAUGGGAUGCCAACGGAUCAGAGUGGAUUUUAUCUCACUAUUUCUAUCGCCCCAUUGCAUCUCUUGCUUUCCAUGCCAAUGGAGAAAUAAUUGCUGUUGCAUCGGGCCACAAGUUGUACAUGUGGCACUACAACGAUGGAGGGGAAGCCUCGUCUACACCAGCAUUUGUGUUGAAAACAAGGCGCUCACUACGGGCUGUGCAUUUUCACCCGCAUGGCGCUCCGUAUCUUUUAACUGCGCAGGUCAAUGAUCUUGACUCUUCGGAUUCCUCUAUGACAGUGGCAACAUCUCAUGGUUAUUUACAAUAUCCUCCACCGGCUGUUUUUGUCACGAACAUUCAUCCCAGGAUGCAUAUCAAUAUGUCAAGUGAACCACCCUAUGUGUCAUUACCUCUCUUCUCCAUGCCUUCAUAUACUGUAAAUGAGUCAAGAGUAGAAUUACAGCAUGCUAGCGAUGAUGUUGGUUCGAGUAGCAUGCAGGUUGAGUCAUCUUCAGUAGUUCAGUUUCGAACUGACGCAAAUGCAACCGACCAAUGUGAUAAUCGAUUGUCAAACUCCGAGAUACCCACUAGCUCUCAAACUGGUGCUGUUGUCCAUACUACUUUACCUAAUCAAAUGCAAAUUGACAUCAAUAACCUCACAACGGCUGGUACAGAGACUUGUGAAACUGAAUCAGAGCCAGCUGAAGUAAGCCAACAUGAAAACUCUGCUCAUGCCCAUUCUCUUGAUGGAAUGCUACAUGAAUCAUCUAGGCUUGCUGUAAAACAUGACGAUCUUUCUGAGUUUGGUCAAUUACAUCAGUUUGUUCCUCCACGAGAUUCAAGUGGAUGGGAAUUACCUUUUCUGCAAGGAUGGUUAAUGGGUCAAAGCCAAGUUGGCGUUCCCUCAAUACCUCCUCACAAUGGAGGCAGUCAUGAUAGCCUUCCUCAACAAAUUAGUUCUUCCACCAUGCCAUCUAACCUAUCCACUACUAAUGUUGAGGUAGCAAUGUCACCUUCAGAAUUGCCCAGCGGCAUCAGCAUAACAGCAGAUUUACAAUCAGGUUUACAGAAUCAAUUUUCACAAUCCCGUUUACCUGUAUCUGAUUCUGGCAAUCUUGCUCCUUCUAUUAAUGCGCCAAGUGACGGGUCUGAUAGCCAAACCAUUAUAAGUCGAAUCCAGUCCGAACUUGCCACAUCAUUGGCCGCUGCAGCUGCUGCAGAGUUACCUUGCACUGUUAAGUUAAAACUAUGGUCAUAUGACAUAAAAAAUCCCCGUGUCCCGCUACAAAGAUGUCGUCUAACCAUACCACAUGUCGUCCUCUGCAGUGAAAUGGGUGCCCAUUUUUCACCAUGUGGUAGAUUUUUAGCCGCCUGUGUUGCAUGUAUGCACCCUCAUAUAGAAACUGAUCCGGGAUUACAAACUCCUGUACACCAGGAGCCUGGAGUUCCAACAUCACCAACUCGACAUCCAAUCUCAGCACAUCAAGUGAUGUAUGAGCUCCGGAUAUAUUCCAUGGAGGAAGCAACAUUUGGAUCGGUGCUUGUAUCACGGGCAAUUAGAGCUGCUCAUUGUCUGACUUCAAUCCAGUUCUCACCUACAUCUGAGCAUAUAUUGCUUGCCUAUGGUCGACGUCAUGGCUCUCUUCUUAAAAGCAUUGUCAUUGAUGGAGAAACUACAUCACCAAUUUAUACAGUUUUAGAGGUAUAUAGAGUGUCAGAUAUGGAACUUGUCAGGGUGCUUCCUAGUGCAGAGGAUGAGGUAAAUGUGGCAUGCUUUCAUCCUUUUCCUGGGGGAGGGCUUGUCUAUGGAACCAAGGAAGGAAAGCUUAGGGUCUUUCAGUUUGACCGUGCUUACAGUACUAUGAAUGGCAUUGGAUCUGGUUACUUCCCUGAGGAAAACAUUAUUGGAGUCAGUUAGUGAGCAAGGUGUCAUGUCAUAGGUUACAUAUUUUUGGGAUUUCUAAUUUUUGUUAGAUGACUUAUAUUUUCCUGUGGAUGGAAGUAAAUUUUUUUUUUACCUUUUCCUUCCGCUCUUGGUUUGAACGGUCAAGGCAAGAAAGGAAUGGUUGCUAUAUAUCAUGACCAUUUUCAGGACUCAUGAUAUAUUGAUUUUCACGUGUAAAUUACAUUGAUUUUCACAUGUAAAUUACAUGUGAAAAUGUAAGGUGUUGUAGAAGAUUAAAAACUAUAAAAGAACUAGCAAGUAUGUUGUGCAAUAUGGAGGACUCUUUUGCUACAUGCAACAAAUUUAAUUGAAAAA